AUGGCGGGCAUAUUCCUCAGCGUCUUCAAAGUGUUCAGGGGGAAAAGAAAGACAGACCCUGGACCUGCCCUAGCACAACAGCCGGAAGAGCCAAAGAAGUUCCAGCCACUGCAGGAUGAUGCAGCCAUGGAAAAGACACAAGAGCAGGAGCCUGCCCGUGGCCGCUUCCGAAGAGCAGCGCAGAGGUUCCGCAAAUUCCUGCGCAUUCGGCGUAGAAGGAACACCACAGCAGCAACUGAGGGCGCAGCUGAGCCUGACUGCAGGCUGACCGAGCUCCAGGCAGAGCCUGAUGUCAGCCCGGAUUCAGCUGAGCACUCACAAGAGUCUGACGCUGCAGUGGAGUUUGACAGGAGGACAUGGACACCCACUCCCACUAUAAGCCAAGAGCUCAUAUGGGAUUAUUUCAAGGACCCUCGUGUUUCUUCUGACGUUGUUGAGAAGAGAGCUGCUUCUUCUGAGCAGCAGGUACCCAGUCAGGUGCCAGCUACUGUGAGGAACAUUCACCAGAGUCUGGUGUCCCAUGUCACUGUGGAUGUCAGGCAGCAAAUUGACAUUAUAAGGCUGGCUGAAGAACACCCUGCUGAUGUGGUGCUGGCCCUCCUGCACUGUGCCCCAUCGUGUGACAGAGCUGCUGCCAUGAUGUGGCAAACCAUAGGCUCGUCGGGACCAACAGUAGAGAAAGUGCUGCCAACACUGCUCUGUGUGAUGGAGAACUGGCCCCUUUGCAGCACCUGCACCUCUGAUGGAGACAACAAGGACGUUUUUCCCUUGAGUGCAACUCUGGUGCUCUGGGUGAUUGUCCAGAUGCCACAGUGCUGCGAGGCGAUGAUGCUUUAUUCCGCCCGUCUGUUUGUGGCUCUGCUGUUCCAUGUUGUCAUCACCACCCAGCAGAUGCCACCAGUGGAAGUUGACAGCUUCUGGAAAGCAUGCCGGGAGCAACACCGCCUUCCCAGCAACCCCAACAGGUUUGCAGUGCAGGCCAUGAAAUCUCUGCUCUGCCGACUGCGGUGUGAGAGUGUGGUCAUGGAAAUGGGACGCAAGCGUGGCUGGGACACGCUGCUCUGUGCUGACACCCAGCACUAUGCCGUGGGUCUGCUGGCCAGGGAGAUGCUCCGUGGCUUGAUCCCCUUCUGUUCCCAUAUUGCACUCGACCUGCUCAAGUCACUCAGAAGGGAGGAGCCAUGCUGUGAUCUGUCCUUCCUGGCAUUCCUUGUGGAGGUCCUCGAGUGCUUGGACUUGACUAAACACGGUGACAGUGUCCUUGAGAUCACAUCAAGGCACCUGCAGAGUGAGUGCAGACAGAGGCGUCGCCUGGCGCUCAGAGGCCUCGUGGUGCUCAGCAGGGAACCCUCGAUGGCCAUAAGAAUGUGCAGCCUGUCUCGAAGCCUUCAGGAGCUGCUGGGUGAUGCAGAUGGAGAUGUAGUUGGCAUGGCCCUCCGUGUGUUCAUCAGUAUUCUCAAGAAUAAAGACAUCAUGAUAUGCAGCACCACUGCCCCAAAGCUGGCUCAGGCACUCCUGCUGCUCUUUGACCAUGACCACAGCCAUGUACAGUUGCUCUCCCUUGAUCUCUUCUUCAAGGCGAUGGACUUGGUAGUGGAUGAGGGAAAGAAGCCCCUGGAGAAGAUUUUGAACCAGAGCCUGCUUCCACUCUUCAUCCACUGCCAUGAUGAGAACCAGCAUGUGGCGAAGGCCUCUCGGGAAACGCUGCUUCGUGUGGCCGAGUUCCUCAAGAGGAGGAAUCUGAAGCAGCUGAUUAGGAAGGAGCAGCUAUCAAAGUUUGCUGAGUGUCUGGUAAGGGCAGCCUGGAUUAGCUCAACUUUGAGAAGCCCCCUGGUCCCGGUGCUCAGUGUGUGGGGCUGGCAGCUGUGGCCCCUGCCCGGUGCUGCACCCAGGGGCACCAGCCUGC